GAAGCCAUGUUGGAAUUUCACAGUUGCGAUCUGUCACGCUCUGAGGAAGGAAAAAGACCAGAGACAGGAAGUGGUGGGGAGCAGAUAUUGUUGGCAAGAUGUCUUAUACGGCGAAAAUUGGCCCUUCUAUUCUCAACAGCGAUCUAGCUUGCUUAGGUGCAGAAUGUAGCCGAAUGAUGGACUGUGGCGCGGAUUAUCUUCACCUCGAUGUUAUGGACGGACAUUUUGUCCCAAACAUCACCUUUGGCCAUCCUGUGGUGGAGUGUUUGAGGAAGAAUCUUGGCCCGGAGCCCUUUUUUGACAUGCACAUGAUGGUGUCCCGGCCUGAGCAGUGGGUCCAGCCUAUGGCUGCCGCGGGGGCUAAUCAGUACACCUUCCACCUGGAGGCCACCACCAACCCUGGCGCUCUCAUCAAAGACAUCCGGCACAGCGGCAUGAAGGUUGGACUGGGCAUCAAGCCUGGCACCUCAGUGGAAGACCUGGCACCCUGGGCGGGCCAGAUCGACAUGGCGUUGGUGAUGACUGUGGAGCCUGGCUUUGGAGGCCAGAAGUUCAUGGAAGACAUGAUGCCCAAGGUUAACUGGCUGAGGAGUCAGUUUCCCUCCCUGGAUAUUGAGGUAGAUGGAGGAGUGGGACCUGACAGUAUUCACAAGUGUGCGGAGGCUGGGGCGAAUAUGAUCGUGUCUGGUAGCGCCAUCAUGAAAAGUGACGACCCGCGCUCCGUCAUCUCGUUGCUAAGAAACGUGUGCACGGAGGCCAUCCAGAAGAGGUCCCUGGACCGGUGAGGCCAGGAGAGAAAAGACACCACAGCGCCUCUUACCUGUCGAUGUCACAGAUCCGAACGUCACCUAUCGUGACCGAGCUUCUCACGGGACCAGGGUCAGGGCCCGGUUUUCCUAAGCUCUGUCUAUCACAUGACUGUCAAAUUCUGCACAGACUGACCCCUGAUUGCCGUGUCUUGGGUCACUUUUAAUGGCCACCCUCUGGCUCUUCUGACUCAGAAGACACAUUGAACGAACUGCAUUACCUCAAUGAAGCCUUCAUCAAAUGAUACCUUCGGACCAUUUCCAGCUGAAUGUCUUACACUAUGAUUAUGAUUAUUUUGAAACAGCUGUGAAAUUCUUUCUAGAAUUAGAAGAAUAAAAAAGAAGUAUAAUUCAUAACCUUUGUUAUGGCAAAGUUGUCAGGCAAA